AGACCCUCCACCACUAUAUAUAAAAGCUAUCAAAAUCCUCCUUACCCUCCUCUCCUGAGAAACCCUAGAACGACCACGUUCGCCUUCCAUCUCCAAGCAAGCACCCAACGUCUAUUUAAGUGGAAAUGAAGGUUGUUGCUGCCUAUUUACUUGCUUUAUUGGGAGGCAACCCCAAUCCUUCUGCUGAUGAUUUGAAGAAAAUUCUUGGAUCAGUUGGAGCUGAAGCAGAUGAUGACAGGAUUAAGCUGCUCUUGUCUGAAGUUAAGGGUAAGGAUAUAACUGAACUCAUUGCUUCUGGGAGGGAGAAGUUUGCUUCAGUGCCUUCUGGUGGUGGUGGCGGUGGCUUUGCUGUGGCUGCAAGUGCCGGUGGUGGAGCUGCUGCUGCUGAAGCACCUGCUGCUGAGGCCAAGAAAGAAGAGAAAGUGGAGGAGAAAGAGGAAAGCGAUGAUGAUAUGGGCUUCUCUUUGUUUGAUUAAGCGGUCUUUGGAUUCAUAUUGGUAUGUAGGACUAUGGAGUUUCAUUCAGUUAGAGAAUGUCAGCUAAAACAUUAGUUACUGCAUGAGUCUUUUCUAUUUGGAUUUUCCCAUACGGGUUUUGGAACGUUAGAUUUGCUUAGUAACGUUUGCAAAUGAGAA